AUGAGUAAGAAAGUUAUCAAGAAUAUUGAUCCAAAACUGGAGACAGAAACCUACUUACCUUCUGCUCCAGCCCCCUCUGAAAUUAAAUCUGAUGAAAUAAAACUUAGAAGAGUCGCUAGACCUAUUAGAAAUGUUAGACACAUUCCUAUUAAAUCGCAAGUGUUUCAUUCCAAAGAAGGUCCAUUAGAAUUCUCUUAUGAAAACAAAAUUAAAACACCAAUCUCAAAGAACAAAUUAGUUGUUCAAGUUUCUCAUGUUGGUUUGAACCCUGUAGAUGUCAAAAUCAGAAACGGUUACGUAAACCCAACAUCAGGUGAAAUUGGUCUUGGUAGAGAAUACUGCGGUGUGGUUACAAAUGUUGGUUCUGAUAUUGCCUACGCUUGGCAUGAAGGCGAUGAGGUAUUUGGUAUUUACUAUCAUCCACAUCUGGGCACUGGUGCUUUGCAAUCAUCAUUACUGAUUGAUCCUAAGUCCGAAGCAAUUGCUAUCAAACCUAAAAAUGUAAGUUGUGAAGAAGCUGCUGGUACGAUGUUCUGCUUGGGUUCUGCAUUUAAUAUCCUAGAUAGAUUACAAAAAAAUAAGUAUUUAACUGAGGAUUCUAACGUAUUGAUCAAUGGUGGGACGAGUUCUGUUGGCUUGUUUGCCAUCCAAUUAUUGAAGAAUUAUUAUAAAGUGAAACCUAAAUUAGUUAUUGUAACAUCAAGUAACGGUCCUGAUAUUUUGAAAAAAGAGUUUCCCCAUUUGGCUGAUGAUAUGAUAUUUAUCAAUUAUUUAACAUGUAGAGGUAAAUCGAGUAAGCCAUUAAGAAAAAUGUUAAAAGAAGAGAGAAUAGAAUCAUAUAAUGGGGAUCGCGAAAACUCCGAUGUAGUUAUUCCAUACACACAAGGAAAAUUUGAUAUUGUUUUAGAUUUUGUAGGCGGUUACGAUAUUUUAUCCCACUCAAGCUCAUUGAUUCAUGGCAAAGGUGCGUACGUCACCACUGUGGGUGAUUAUGUUGCUGACUAUAAGGAAGAUAUUUUUAAUUCAUGGGAUAACCCAAGUGCAAAUGCUAGAAAAAUAUUUGGAUCCAUCAUUUGGUCAUACGAUUAUUCACAUUUUUAUUUCGAUCCAAGUCCAAGUACAGCAUCUAAGAAUGAAUGGAUUGAAAAGUGUUGUGAAUUUUUAGCAAAUGAGACAGUUAAAUGUGUCAUUUACAAAUCUUUCAGUUGGAAGAAAACUUCCGAGGCUCUGAAAGUACUACAAACACAACGUGCUCAGGGGAAGAUUAUUAUUGAAGUUGAAAAAUUCUGA